AUGACUAUUUACCUGGAUGCAAAACAAUUAGAUAUCGAUGGGCUGGGUGAUAUAUAUUCACGCGAUAUAGAUGUUGUGCUACUCAGAGCAAAAGUUGACAUGGUAUUUCAAAAGCCAAAUCCUUUUCCAAAAUCAAUAUAUGACAAUGUUGCUUAUGGGCCAAAACUGCGUGAUAUGGUAAACGAUAAGCAAAAAUUGAAUGUGAUGGUGGAAAAUAGUUUAACUAAAGUUGGCUUAUGGGAAGAAUUAAAAGACAGAUUGCAAGAUAGUGCACUCGAUUUAUCCGGUGGCCAACAACAGAGGCUAUGCAUCGCUCGCGCAAUUGCUCCGCUCUUGAUCCAAUGGCAACCAAUGCAAUCGAAAAUCUUAUACAAGAGCUGA